UCUAUUAGUAAUACAGAAUAAAAAUAUGGCGAGUAAAAAUGUCGUCCGAUUACUAAAAAAUUCAACUAAAUUUAAUUGUAAAUCACUGCAUUCGUCUUUUGCAACAUGGACACCUCCAAAUGAUGAAACACAUACUGAUCAGCAAUUUCAUCCUGAUGAUUAUCGAAAUACGAGAUUCAUAGGAAAACGCAAGGAAGUAAAUAAAAAUUGGGCAAUUAAAUUAAUUGCUGAAGAAUCUCCAAAAUGUGUAAAGGAGCGGAUUGUAUCUUGCGAUGGCGGUGAUGAAUUACUUGGACAUCCAAAAGUCUAUAUCAAUUUAGAUCAGCCUGGUAAUCAUACAUGUGGCUAUUGUGGAAUAAGGUUCUACAAGGAGGAUCAUUAAGGAAAUUUAUAGUUAUGAAUAAUAUAAAUAAAAUAGUAGAUAAAAAGAUUUACACUGUAUCAUUUUGAGUUAACAAUGCAAAGCAGAAAUUAAACAAUUUGUUAUAAAGAAUAAUUUAUUACAUAAAAUUAGUUUCUAUUAAACUUA